UGGGGUCUCUCAUCCAACCCACAGGUAUAUGCCUCCCACCUUAGCAGUUACAAGCUGGUGCUCCUUCCAUCGGUCUCCCACAUCACCCAAAAACCAGAUACAACUCGUAUGAUACCCCCAUUUUCCCCCAACUGUUUACUUAGCUUUGUUUGCUAGCCCAUUCUAGCCGUUUGAAGCUUGUCCUUCAAUUGUUGUUUGCUUUGUAUACAUCUUGAAGGUGGGGAGGGCUUUUAAAUACCGCUUCCAUUGGACCAUCUUUUGCAUCCUCUAGAGAAGGAAGGGCCUAUCAAAGAUGAACCCAAUCAGCCCUUCAGGUAGUUGUGGACCUUGUGGUGCUGGCGGUAGUAAUGGAGUUAGCUUGAGUGAUGAUUUGUUGACACAGAUUCUCACAAGGCUUCCUCUGAAGUCCCUGUUUAGAUUCAACUGCGUCUCCAAAGCGUGGUAUGGUCUAAUCUCCGACAACUACCUUAGGACCAAGCUCCCCUUGAUCACCUCCGGCGUGUACUACAGCUACAACUCGAACCUCACCAGGGAGCCAAGAUAUGCGCACACGUCCGAAAAUGGCCUCGAAGACUGUAAUCUUGAUUUCUUUCCUUUCCAUCAUAAUUCAAGCAUCAUCGAUAGCUGCAACGGGUUGCUACUCUACUACUCAUGCUUUCCCUCGAAAUUCCACGUCGUCAACCCCACCGCAAAGAGGUGGGUGGCUCUCCCUGAGCCCAUAAGGAGUAGCCAACUCUCUAUAUUGACCUUUGAUCCCUGCCACUCCCCAAACUACAAGGUCAUCUGCUUCACAAGCUGGCUGGAACAAGGGUCUGAGAUCGAGGUUUUCUCAUCGGAGACCGGGAGGUGGGUCGAGCAUGAGCUGCACUGGGGGCUCAGCACCGAUACCAUGUCGGCCACCAUGCAAUACUUUGAUGGAAUUCUUUACAUAAUUGCGUAUCCGAAACACAUUGUGGCUAUCAAUCUUGCUGAAAUGGAUUGCCAUCUGAUCGAAUUGCCCGAGCCGAUGAAGCGUGAAGGAAGUGUUGGCAAGUCCAGAGGCUCUCUUCAUUACACCCACAACGAUGGCGAACAAAUAAGGAUUUGGAAGCUUAAGGACUUCAAUCUCCAUAAAUGGGUGCUAAAGCAUCGCAUCGACGUUCGAGCAAUCGUGGAACGGAAUUAUAAAAGAAUUCAUUCCAAUGAUUCUCUCGCUGCCCUGUCGGACCAAUUCAAUUUCUUGGCGUUCCAUCCAGAGAAGGAGGUGGUCUACCUAUCUCUUCCCGGAAAGCUCGUCUCCUAUGACCUAAGUAAGAAAAGAAUAGAGGAAGUCUGUGAAUUUGGGAAGGAGAGGGAGAGGGCUCAUUUGAUCCAGAUUUGGUUGUUCCCUUUCUCUCGUUAUAUGUCGGAUUGCCUAGCCAAUGCGUAGUGGUACCUAGGACCUCUCUCUGUUCCAUUAGUUCUCAUCGAUUUGUCUUUCACUUUCGUGGAGCUUCUUCUUGUUACCGUUCCGCUGUUUGUUGUGAAAAAAAAAUAAACAUAAAUUUACCUUCCA